CGAGAAAUGCGCCCGCGGUUAUCGAAUUGUUACGAGGGGAUCGUGCAUCGUUAGCCCACCUGUCUAGCCAAAUGCCGAUCCCGCCCUUGCAGCCGAUGUCCAGCUACUAGAUCUUCAGACAGCAGUAACUUCUGCGACGCCCACACGACAACGCCAUGUUUGAAGUGCCGGAUGCGAAGCGGGUUCGCCGCGCUGAGCUGGAGUCGCCCAUCUCAUCUAGACAAUCGUCGCCAGACCCCGAUCUCGAAGAACUGCUGCGAUCCAAGAUCAACACCGAAUUCACCUAUACCACGACCGAAGACGAUGUUCACGAUGUCGCGCACAGUGACGAAGACGAGACAGAGUUGCGGCUCUUCGCUACGCCCGCAAAUGCCGCUCCACAGUCACACAAGAUACGAAUUUCCUCACCAGGCGCCGAUAGCGGAGAGCCAGGACUGAUUUUGAAAAAACCACGGAGUUAUUAUUUCGCCGAUGAACCCACAAGCGAGGAGGAAGAUGCCUUCAGGGCGGCAGCUAUCGAGGGAAGGAGCGUCCUGGAGCUGUCGCGGCAGCCAUGGCCCGGCUGCGCCCUGCCAUGGAAGGUGCGCACGAUAUCGCCAGCCGGCAUGAGCAAGGAGGUCCUGGUCGGUCAUCCUCCUAUGCUAGUCACGGUCGAGGACAAGGCACACAAGCGCACAAGGAAGGGCAAGAAGUCACGCAUAGCUAUAAGGAAGAAGCUCCAAGAGGCGAAGGAGAAGCAGAGUGAGGCAGCACGUCUUGCACAGGAGAAGGAAGAGGCCAAGCGCGAGAAGAACACUCGGAGAAAUCGAGAGAAGAAGCUCAAGAAGAAGGCAAAGGAGCAAGCUAAGAAGGCAGCUGAUGGAGGUACUGACGGGGCGGCAGAGGCUAUGGAUGGUGUGGUGGAAGCCACUGUCACCGAGAGUCAAUAUGUUGCUGAUGAGGCGACAUGAGGCGCAUCGUGGCACCGUUGUUGUUUCCUCGACCUUCUGAACGGGACCAGCAUCAGACGCGAGAAUCCAGCGAUUGCAGGCGAUGCUUGCUUGGUAUACGCACCAUUCACCUGUGCCAUGAGGCUACCUUUACCUCUGUCGAUUCUACGCUAGCAAAUACCUCUAUUUGUCGACUAUAAUUGCUCUAUUUUGGUCUACCCGCUCCUACUAACUGACACUCCACGACCCACUCAACUACCAGCAUGGAUCCGAGCUACAAUCAAGAGCAUAUGAACUUCGACUUCGCUUCUGACGUCGGUCCAGCCUAUCCUUAUUUCCAGGAGAGGUUCGGCUCAUCCACUCCGCAACACGUAGACGAUACCUC